AUGUCUUCUCAAAAGUCUUUCUUCGACGCUGUCAAGGAGCGUCGCACCUACUACCAGCUCAACAAGGAAUCGCCCAUUUCCGACAAGCAAAUCGAGGAGAUUGCUGAGAAGGCCCUCCUCCACGUCCCUUCGUCCUUCAACUCACAGAGCACCCGUUUGGUUGUUCUGCUCAACAAGGACCAUGAAAAGUUCUGGGACUUCGUCCUCGAGGUUUUGAAGCCUCUUACUCCCGAAGAGCAGUUCCCCAAGACGGAACAGAAGAUCAAGGGAUUCGGAGCUGCCAAGGGAACGAUUCUCUGCUACGAGGACCCUGAGCCUGUCGAGGGUCUCCGCAAGGCCUUCCCUCUCUACGCUCACCACUUCGGCGACUGGUCUGAACACACCAACGCCAUGCACCAGUAUGCCCUUUGGGUCGCGUUGGAGGCCGAGGGUCUGGGCGCCAACCUUCAGCACUACAACCCCAUCAUCGACCAAAAGGCCGCACAGGAGUGGAGCAUUCCUCUCGAGUGGAAGCUCAGGGCCCAGUUGGUCUUUGGUGGACGCGCAGGCGAGCCUGGCGAGAAGCAGUUCCAGGAGGUCCAGGGCAAGAGACUGUUUGUACACGGAGCGCAGUAG